UGGGGUUGGAGAGGAGCACUCUGGGAGGAAGCCCACAAGCCCUCUCUUCGAGGCAAGAGAGAUUCAUUGCAUCUUCCAAUGUGGUGCUGGCUGACCUUGGAAAUUGGGAAACUGAGGAGGAGCUCCAAACAGAAAGAAAAGGCUCAAAUCAGAGACAUCAGAAAGAAUCAUGGCUGCAGGUCUUAUUUCAAGUAUUUCAGAAGAGCUCAAAUGCUCUAUCUGCCUAGAUUUGCUCACAAAUUCCAUGUCAAUAGCCUGUGGUCACAAUUUCUGCGAAGACUGUAUCCUCAAGCACAUUCAAUUGUCUGGUAGCUAUAGCUUUCCAUGUCCUGAGUGUCGGAGAGUUUCUGAGUUGAAGAAUCUCUGGCCUAAUCAACAACUGUGCAAAGUAGUACAAUCCUUCAAAUUGGUCCAUCCCCCUUUGAGAAGAAGCCUGAAUCAGAGAAAAGUGAUGAAGACAAAAUUCUAUGAGGAAAUCACUCUGGAUCCUAAAACUGCCCAUCCUGGAAUCAUCUUAUCCACAGAUAGGAAAACAAUGAGAGGAAACGAUGCAUGGAAGAAGUUGUAUUGUGAUGUGGAACAAUCUGAUCAAAGUAGUCCUGUUCUAGCAACUCAGAGCUUCAAGUCUGGGAGACAUUAUUGGGAAGUGACAGUGGGAAACAGUUCUGCUUGGGAUGUUGGUCUUUGUGAGAACUCUGUAAAAAGAAAGGGAAUAGUUUCACCAUGUUGUUCUACUGGAUACUGGCUUUUGAGUCUGAGACAAAGUUAUUAUCUAAUCUGUACCAUACCUAGGACCAGAAUUCCCUUAACAGGGAAACUCUACAAAGUGGGGAUCUUUCUGGAUUAUGACAUGGGAGAUAUAGUGUUUUAUGAUGUAGACAGGAGAUGUCAUAUCUAUACAUUCACCAGCUCCUUUUUAGAGCCUCUCAUCCCUAUAUUUUCUAUCGGCCUCAACUCCAAGAAUGAAAAUAUUUUGUUGAUAGACCCAAUAUCAGAUGAGGCUGAAGAAACUUCCUUCAGAGAGGAACCCAGCCUGUGACUACCAUACUUCUAUAUUUUCCCCUUCUAUAUUGUGAUGAACUUCAUUUUGAGAGCAGGAAGUUUUGUUAUUUUGUAAUAUUCAUGCAAGGAACUGCAUACAAGAGGGAGGUCAAUAUAAGAUAGAUUGAAAGUCAAUACUUGAGAGACAGAAUUUGCUCCAUAAACUAUGUGAGUUUAGAAAAUUCAAGAAUGAGGAAGUUUAUUUCCAAAAGACAGAUGGAAAGAACCCAUCAAAGAAUGAAAAAUAAACAUAACAAAAUUAUAAAGAUCAAACAAGGCUCAAGUGAAGACAUAUGAGAAAACAUUUCCAAUGUACAACUUAAUGGCAGUGGGAGAUGCACAAAUGUUUUAUGCUGCAGUACUCUCUCAUAUGAAUGGCAAUGAGUAUUUUUAUUAAUUCUUGGACAAGUUGUUUUAAUUAGUUCAGAAAAGAAAAAGAAAAAAAUUUGGAACCAAAACCAUCUUGCACAGAGUGUGUAAACUUGAACAUCUUAGUCUAAUUAUUUGGAUUUACACUUCAUAUCUUAUUUGAUAUUUCCUGACCUGUGUAUAGAUUCCAAAGAAUUGUAGAGAAAAACUAGUAAAGGUGGAAAUAAUGUCAACUUCUUUCUUCCUAAAGAUCACAUUGUAUACAUGUGAACCACUGAAUCGAGGAUAAAUCACCUUGAAGUAUAGUAAUAAUUAUGUGAUGUGAAUUUCUAAGUACUAGAUGCAAGAUUGAAAUAGAGACAAAAUACCAACUGAUUACAAAAGUAGAAUGGUUUUAAUAGUGUUUAAACUGAUUAAAAACAUAUCAAAUAAAAAGGAAAAACACUUUUGAAAUGAUUUUUUAAUCUCUUCAU